AUGGCUCCGCGCAUCCUCAAGAGCAACGCGGCCGACAAGGCCAGCGCCAUGUCUUUCAGGCAACGCAUGGCUCUGUUCACGCCUGCUGUUGCUUUCGUCACCAUAUACACAAGCGCUGCCAUGUUCAACUUCGGCUACGAUGUCGGUGUCUUCAGCGGUCUUCAGGCCAUGGAGCCAUUCAAAAGAAGGUUCGGAAAGUGCGACGCCGAUGGCACUUGCAGUAUACCAUCCUACCUCUCCUCGAUCAUGAACUCGACGCCAUAUCUUGGAAAGCUCCUUGGAACUUGGGUCGCCGCCCCAUUGGCUGAGCGGUUUGGCAGGAAGAAGAGCUUGCUGUUCAUCGCUAUCUGCUCCAUAAUUGGUACCGUACUGCAGAUUGCUGCCACUACUGCAGCGCAAUUCACAGUAGGGCGUAUAACCUGCUACUUCAUGACAGGCAUCUGCAUGUUGAUGAUCCCCUCAUACCUUGCUGAAACGGCGCCUCAAGAGCUGCGUGGACUCAUUGGAGGCCAGAUCCAGAUUCAGAUCAUGUUCUCUCAGGUCGUUGCCAAUCUGAUCAACUACGGAACCAAACAACUCGACACCAAUGCUUGCUGGAUGAUUCCUCUAGGCAUUCAAUUUGUGAUGCCUGCUAUUCUCAUCGCAGCAUAUCCCUUCCUGGUCGAAUCUCCGAGAUGGCUCAUCAGCCGUGGCGAAACCGAAGCUGCGUCGGCCGCACUGCGCAAGCUCCGCACGAAUACCGACCCACAGACCCUCAACGAGGAGCUUAGCGUCAUGCUCUACGCGCGCACCAACGAAGGCAAAGGCGGCUGGAUCGAAGUCUUCACAGGCACAAACAGGCGCCGCGCUGGUAUCGCCAUCCUCGGCAUGUUAGCCCAGCAACUCUCGGGCCAGAUCUUCACCUCGCAAUACGGCGUCCUCUUCUACCAACAGCAAGGUUACUCCAACUCGUUCGCGCUCGGGAUCGCCUACACGACGCUCCAGUUCUUCACCGCCCUCACCACCUCCCUCAUCGUCGACCGGCUGGGCCGACGCCCGCUGCUCCUCUUCGGCGGCCUCGCGCAAGCCACGUUCCUCUACAUGGUCGGCGGCCUGGGCACCGUCCCCGCGCCGCCGAACCAGGCCGAAAAGGACGCGCUGGUCGCGGGGCUCAUGAUGUUUGGCGUCUUCUUCGGCCUGACCUGGGCGCCGCUCAGCUACAUCACCAUGGCCGAGGCGCCCGCCCGCCGCGUCGCCGAGAAGACGGCCAUGCUGGCCAACUCGCUGUCCAUCACCUGCGCCUUCGUCAUCAGCUUCACCGUUCCCUACCUCGUCAAUGCCGAUUAUGCGGGCUUGGGCGCCAAGGUCGGCUUCCUGUACGGCAGCACCACCGUCGUGGUGACGGUGCUGUGCUGGCUGUUCGUGCCGGAAAUGAAGGGGAGGAGCUUGGAAGAACUGGAUGCCCUGUUUGAAAAGGAAACUCCGACUAGGGCUUUUGGGAAGGCGGUGGUGCGAGUGGGUGGUGAAGGAGGGGACGAGGGUGAUGACUUGGGCAAGCCAAGCAAAGUCGUGGUUGAGGAGGUCGAAAGAGUGUAG